UCGCGAAUCCAUCGUCCUGCUGUGGAAUAGCGGAACCACUAUCAGUACUUUAAUAAAAGUACUCUAAAAUUAGCCCUGUUUUUAUAAUUUCUCUCAAUUCUACAAGAGGAGGUUUAUGUUACCCGCAUUUGUCAGCAUUCAACGGGACAAUUUCACAACCUCCCAACUAGCUUCAGCCAUGAGGACCCUUGUCGUUGGAAUUGGAGGGAUGCACAGCCAACAGCCAUUGUUUGCAUGCCCUGCCGAAGGUCCCUAUCAUCAUGCGGGAUAUGUGGUUGGAGUUCGUUGGUCCCAAGUGGUGACAAAGUGCACAGUUGGGUGCCAGACUGAUCCCCUAGUCAUUAACGGAUGCUGGGACCUACCAGAAGGAGCAAAGUAUCUUUGAUGAGAGGCCAGGAGCUGAUCUACGUUGCUAUGCCCAUCAAUGCGGCUCUGGAAAAUACCUCAACUCCAGCCUCACCUCUUGCCUGCUCACCAAUGGUCAUCGAUGGGGAGGUCAGAAUUAGGAUGACCAAUGGGGGGAAGUCGACCAUGUCCAGUAGUCUGCACCUGCGGAUCCCCAACAGCUGCAUCAUAGCACAGGAUGCUUUCUUCAAGGAUGACUCUGUGAUAGCUGUGGACAGCAAUGGGUUCAAGCAGUAUGAUGUGCUUGAUGCGCUCCACAUGGACAGAAUGAUGAGCAAGAUUGAAUCAUGGCGGAAGGACCCCGGUUCAUUCCUAGCAUCUCAAAGUCUGAGAACACAAUGCUCUGUAGGAGAGGAAGUGUUUGUGCUCAUCAUCGAGGGCUUCUUGAUCUUCAACUACGGGCCCUUGAACGAAUUAAUGGACAAGAGAUACUUCCUUGAAAUUCCUUAUGACGUCUGCAAAGAGAGGAGAGGCUCGAGGGUGUAUACACCCCCUGACCUGCCAGGGUACUUUGACGGAUAUGUGUGGCCAAGGUACCUGAAAAACCGGCAAGAGAUGGAAGACAUGGUAUCGGAUAUUGUCUUUUUGGAUGGAUUGAAGUCAAAGGAGGACUUGCUGGAUUAUGUGUAUGGGGAUGUAACCAUGGAAAUACAGAGUCUCAUGGUUACCAAGAUGAGGACAGUCUUGUGUUUGUGGAUCGUCAUGGCAGUGCUCUGCCCAGGAGAGGUCAAAGGUCACGGAGGUGACCACCACCAGGGGCUUGACCAGGAUCAUGAUCACGGGCGCGAUAACAACCACGAUCACGACCACGGGCACAGGCGAGACCACAACCACGGGCAUCAUCACCCAUCAUUGUCACCCGAGCCCGGUGACAAUGGCACCAAACCAGUGAUACAAGGUAACGGGGGGUUUGCCUUCAGCCUGUACAAGCAGCUGGUGGUUCAGCCUGACAACCAGGGCAAAAAUGUGUUCUUCUCCCCACUGAGUGUGUCCCUGGCCCUGGCUGCUCUUUCCGUGGGGGCCAGGGGUCAGACCCACCAGCAGCUCUUCACUGGUCUGGGCUUCAACAGCAGCCUACUGACACAAGAACAGGUGGACCAGGCCUUCCAGACCAUACUCACACAGCUCAACCAGAAGAACGGAGUGGACCUGUCCAUAGGAAGUGCACUUUUCCUGCACAACACCUUCAAACCACACCCUGAGUUCCUCAAGGACAUGAAGCGCUUCUACCUCUCCGAGGGUUUCACUGUCGACUUCACCAACACGGCCGAGGCCAUCGACACGAUCAAUAAAUACGUGGGGGAAAAGACUCGGGGCAAGAUAGACAAGUUAGUCAAAGAUCUGGACCCAACCACUGUCAUGUAUCUCCUCAGCUACAUAUACUUCAAAGGAAAAUGGGAGAUUCCAUUUGACUCUAAAGACACAAAGGAGGACACAUUUCAUGUGGAUGACAACACCACUGUUCCGGUCCAGAUGAUGAGCGUGAAGAAGAGGUUCUCCGUCUACUACGACCAGGAGAUCUCCACCAGUAUCCUGCAGCUCCACUACAACGAGUCAGUGUCAAUGAUGCUGGCGCUACCAGAGAAGGGACUCGCCAGUCUGGAGGAGGCCAUAGGUCAGAACCACAUCACCAAGUGGCACAGGUGGAUGAAGGCCAGGGAAUACCAGGUGCAUGUUCCCAAGAUGUCUGUCACCACAACAUACUCCCUCAAGGACGUCCUGAGUGGAAUGGGAAUGCCGGACAUAUUCAGUAAUGGAGCUGACUUCAGUGGAAUAUCAGAGGAUCUGAAGGUGGCUGUUUCAGAGGUGGCGCACCAGGCCUCCUUGGAUGUGGAUGAGGCUGGAGCGACUGCAGCAGCUGCUACAGGUGUGGUCAUCAUGCCCCUCUCCUUCCGAAGCACCCCUGUGUUGAAGUUCAACCGUCCGUUCAUGGUCAUUGUGAUGGACCAGGAGACCAAGAGUAUUCUCUUCAUGGGCAAGAUCAUCAACCCAGCCAACAAAUAAAACCAGUGCUUUGUAAAAACCAGUGUUGUAGAAAACAUGUGCUCUAUAAAAGCUGUGGUCUAUAAUUGCAAAUUGAAGCGUAAGCGCAUGCUUCGCCUGUGCUGCUGUUACAUAACCCAUCCAAACUUCUCUGGCUCAAUCUAGCCUGGGAAGCUAUAACUAACAAGCGUGUAAAUCCUCUGUAUUCACUUUGGUGGAUAUUUUUACAACUACUAAAUGCAUAUCACCAUU